AUGGGAGACGAGUACCACGUGGUGACAAGGAUGGAAGACAUAACGGAGCAGGAUGACAGACAUCUAGCAGGCGCACGAAAGGAAAUUCGAAAUGAUUUACACGUUAUUAUCCCCGAAAACCCGUUUCCAGAAAUAGAAGUAGAUGCGUAUCCACCUUUGAAGUUCUCCUGGGUUAUCCCUAAAAAGCUCGCGGCUAUGGCCUUCCCCAGGCAUAAAGAAAAUUUAAAAUUCCUGGUGAACCAAGGUGUAACGCAUCUGGUAACACUAACAGCGGGAAAGAAACCGCCCGUAGAGGAUAUACCAAGAUUACGAUGGACUGAGAUACCCGUUGAGGAGUUCGAUGUUCCCACGGUUGAACAGAUCGCGAAAUUUAUAGAUAUUUGCAAGAAAGCUGAUAAAAGUGGAGAGGUGCUUGGAAUUCACUGCCGUCAGGGUCGCAGCCGUUCUGGCGUGAUGCUAGCGUGUUAUCUAGUCCAUUUCCAUCGCUUCGACCCCGAACAGGCCCUCAACGUAAUUCGUAUGAUCCGUCCAGGGUCAUGUGACUUCGGUGAUCAAGAAGAGGCGGUUGGCAGAUAUUACGAGCGUCUUACAGAAAAUAAUCCUUUAAAAUUCGGAGUCAGCGGUGAUGUCAUGGAGGAAUUUAUCGAGGCAGCAAAAGAAUACACGAAGAAGAUGCUUUAG